AUGUCUAAUGAAAAACAGAGACCGAAAAGUUUACCUACGGAGGUAUUGCUAAAGGCUAGAAGCACCUUGUUUUCACUCGGUGGCGCGUUAAAGUCAAAGGAGCAGCAUCGAAAGUCUAAAGAAUUGAAAAAGAAGAACAAAGAAAGAUUGAAAAGUUCUAAAUCGGAGCCAGAGUUUAGUGAUAUACGAAAAACAAAACACAGAAGUAGGAUCGACGAUACACCUCGUGAGUACGGUGUCAGACCUAGACCUCUUUCGGUGGGAGCAAUGAAACGGUAUGAAGACGAUGUGGAAUUUCACUGUGGAAGUUUCCAAAAAGACGCAUCUUUGCAGCGCCAGUACGACUCCACGGAUGACGUAUGUGUGCAGUCACGGCUAGUUAUCCCGAUUAUCGAAAGGCUCGGCCAAGAUCUUUCGGAUGUUAAUGAAAGACCGCGUAAAAAACUUUCUUUUCGUGAACCGGAAAUUAUUGGUAGUGCGAGCGCUACGCUAGGUCGUUCCCACAAGCUAAUGGGUGUAAAUAGCCUCACAAGAAGACCUAACAGGAUAUCGAUACGGUCUGACAUGCACUCCAGUUUAGAUGGCUUAGAUUCUGAUUUAGAGAGCCAGGCCAUGAGGAUUGUGCGCACUGUCGGGCAAGCUUUCGAGGUGUGCCAUAAGAUGCAGACAAACACACCAGAUAACCCCGCGCCUUCCACUUCAUCAGCUCCUGAUGACAUCCGCAUCGCACCCAAUAACGAGCCAUCUCCCAAAGAACCGGCCUCAGAAUGUGGUGCUUCGGAGUCAGGUGCUGCAUCAACAUCUAAGAGUGUGGAGGAGACAAAGACAAACCAGAACAGACCCAAGCAUUUGGACCUCUUGCCGCCACCGCCAAAGAAGGAAGGAAAGCGUAUAUCUCAGCACACAGCAGUUCCAAGUAUCAAUCUACCUGAUCUUCCGGAAUGUGUGACCAAAGUAGAGGUGGCAAGUACCUCUGAGGAGCACGCUACGCCACUUAGUGCGCAACACCAGCUGCAACUGUUGCGGGAGCGGCUCGAGCAACAGACGCAACAGACUCGGGCAGCUGUGGCGCAACUACUGCUGUUGCGUGAUCAGCUUGCUGCGGAACAAUCUGCUCGUUGUGAGGCUCAAGCUCGUACUCAUCAACUUCUGGUGCAUAAUAAAGAACUACUCGAGCAUAUCGCCGCUCUUGUCGCCCACUUGCAAGAGAAAGAAAAAGGUAUCAGCCGGCCAAUUAGCGCUCAACAACUGACACUCUUACCUCAGACAAAAGCUGGAGGGAGUGAAUCUGGGAAAUCUGAGAACUUCCCCGUCUGUAACGGAAAUUGUCAACCGUUCAAUAGCGAUGCUCUUAUUAACUUCAUCGCUCAAAAUAACAAAAUAACACAGAACGUUGAAAACAACAACAUAAAUCUAUCACCCUUCUGUCUAUCGCCUCAGGACAAGCCAAAUGGACCAAGCUCCGCGCCAAACUUUGGAAGUAUGAGUAAUGAACAGAUUCAGAACUACUUGAUAUCUAAAUUUCAAGAUAUGACCUUCACAAACGGCGAGACUAAAGUUAAUAACAAUAAGCAGUUUUAUCAAAACUGUAAUGCCUUCCCACAUAUUCCACCGCUUACUAAUCAUUUUAGCAACUCCGAUUUGGCGUCUCUCUUAAAUCAUCAGAUUUACAAUGAUAAAUUCAGCUCUAGUGAAGAAUAUGGAGCUCUCGCUCAGGCUAUGAGCAUUGGACAAUCGCAGAACUCUUUAUACAGCACCAGCCAAGCCACUACAUCUAAGGAUUCUUCUCCCGAUGGAUUAAGCUCUGACGAUGGUAUACCAUUUAUAAUGCCAUUAUCACAUAAUGGAACAUUAACCGCUACUGGAAAUGAUGGGCGUGUGAGGCUGAUUGUGCCAAUAAGCCCCUCUGAAAGUAAUUCUGAUGUGGGAGAGCCAUCUAAAGUGGAGGUGGAGGUGAAGAGUAAUUCGGGGAUGACUCUUAAAGUACCAGGACCUGAAUCUCUAGCGCCAGCCGCCCCGAUCACGCGCUCAACCAGCGAGAAAGUACCAAAUCGGAGCGAAAUGAUGACAGCCUUGCGAGCUCAAUGGACAAGGCAUACCACUAAG